CAUAAGUUUAACGAUUAGUCGAUAAUUAACAAUUUUUUAAUGAUGCAUUAGCGGAUUAUACUUACACUGUGUGCAGCAGUAGCAAUCAUUUCAGAUUGUCAAAUACUUGGAAAACCAAUCUAUUUCGAACAUGUGAAUAUUCCGAAACUCUAGAUAACAAGAAAUUUCAAGAUUACAGGGAUGAUUUUUUAGUAAAAUACAAGUUGUGCAGAAUGGCUGUACAAAAUAAGACAGUCGGAUCUAUUGGCGGAGAUACAUACAAACAUUUUCGAAAACCAAUGUUACCUUUUGUAACAUCAAAAGUACAGACUACAGACGUCUCACCACACUGUUUGGAGCACAAGACUUUAUAUGGAAUUCUACAAAGUGCACAAAGGCGAUGCUAUACUGCAUUUUCUAAAUCAAAACCGUAUAAAAAUGCAGAAACACAGACAGAUUAUAGAGAGAGCGAGGUGCAAACUGAACCUUGGGAACCACCAUACAAAAUUGUUUCAGGUCAUAAUCCUGAAGUAUUGACAUUGGCUCAUCUAACUUGGGAGCAUGGAUUACCCGCAGGUGUCCAUGAGGUACAUAUUAUCAACAGGAUGCGGAUAAAGAGAGCUUGGGAAGCCAUUCUACCGCCGAUGGAUACACCGGCCAACAUAAAAAUACGAAAUUCAAUAAUAACGGCCUUAGAGAUAGACGAAUGGGCAUUUCGAGAGUCGGAGAUUCAAUUCAUAAUGGAUUUACGUCUGGACCUGAUGAGGAAUCUCCUACAAAGUCGUGAAUCGAAAUACGAGGAAAAAGUGCAAGGUCGUUUCAGUAGACUCGAGAGCAAACUAAGCAAAUAUCGAGACAAUCAAAUCAAAGCUAUCAGAUAUAAUCUUAAACGAGAUCUGCGAAAAUUACAUAGAAAACGUAAUGAAAAGCAAUCUUGUAAGCCCGAUAUAAUUGAACGGUAUAUCGAUCCUAAGUCUGACCUAUAUGCACCGCAAAUGCGUUUCGGUGACCAUCCCCAAAGGAGGCACGAAAUUUUGCAGAAGCAACUCCCAAGUGAAUGUCAUAUUGAGCAAGAAGACGCAACGCUUAAUUGGCUACCCAUUAUCGAAGAACCAAAAGUAAUUAAACAUAAACCUAAACCGAUAGACAUCUGUAUACGAGAAACCAGAUGGACAGAGGAAAAAUUGAAACAGCUUCAUUCUGAUUUAAAAGCUAUUCGAAUGAAAGUCAAAUCUGUAGAUGAAGGUCCUAGAUUAGUAAGGCGUAAUCAUGAACAGCCGGUUUUGUCUAUCACACCGCGCAGAUCGGGUAUAUGGGACGAUAAGCAGAAACAACGGGAAGAAUUAGCUACAUUUAUACAGAAGCUUAUUAAAGGCAGAGCGAUACAAUGUCUGAUGUACAAAGGACGCGAUAGAUGCAGAGAGCUAAUCGAGGAAUUACAAUCAACUCAAGUGCUCGAACAAGAAGAUUACGAUGAAAAGACACAUAUGAUUAAUUUGCGACAAUUACAAGAUGAUCAAUCAAUGCAGGAAAAUCGUUUGUGCGAGAUUCUUGAUUCCUUAGAGGGGAAGACAAUCUGUGGAACAUUAGAUUUUCUUAGCAAGGAGUUGGUGAGAUUAGAAGACGAACGUAGAGCUCACGCCUUCGCGUUGCUUGCUGAGAGAGAAAGAUCUAUGAGAGAAGCCGCCGAAGCUGGCAGGCGACAAGUAGAACGUAACCGACGACGAGAAUUUGACGAAAUGUUCAAACAAAUCAUAAAAGUAAAUCAGGACUCAGUAGAAGCAUACUUGGAAGACAUUGUGAGAGAAGAAAUCGAUUGGAUAUCCGAUAAGACUGCUAAAGAACAUAUUUUAGAAAUUUGUGAUAAAGUGGAUGCUGUAACGAAACAUGCCGCAGAAAACUCUGAUAAGUUAGCAGAUGAAGAAUUGGUAGCAGAUAUGAUUUACAAUUUUGUUUUACCUGAGGUGGAAAAGCACAAUAUGAGAAAAAAAAUUCGCGAUCAACAACAAAGUUACAUGAAGAAUGCAUAUGUAUCACUUUAUGAGAAAAUUUUAGAAUUACCGUCUACUGAACCAUCACAAGUUGUGGAUCAAAAAGUUACUAUAAAAAAUGAGAAUGUACAAACUAGUUACAUGACUGAAGAUAUGAAACAAGAUAUUGAAGCAAAAAAAGUAGAACUUCCAAUUCCUAAAACGAAUGUCGAAAAUAAAAAGCGAGUAGAUUCAGAAAUAGAUUAAAAAAUAGAUUCACAAAAUGAUUUAA